GCCCGAGUGCCUGGCGGCGGGUCCUCAGCUCCCAGCCGAGGUGCGGCGAGCCGGUGGGGAUACCGCGAGGCGAGCGCGGGAUCCGGGGCGGCCAGCGGGGUGUGAGCUGUCCGAAAAUGCACUCGGAUGCUGCCGCUGUCAACUUUCAGCUGAAUUCUCAUCUCUCAACACUGGCAAAUAUUCAUAAGAUCUACCACACCCUUAAUAAGCUAAAUCUAACCGAAGACGUUGGUCAAGACGAUCACCAAACAGGAAGCCUGCGGUCUUGUAGUUCUUCGGACUGCUUCAGUAAAGUGAUGCCGCCAAGGAAAAAGAGAAGACCUGCCUCUGGAGAUGAUUUAUCUGCCAAGAAAAGUAGACAUGACAGCAUGUAUAGAAAAUAUGAUUCAACUAGAAUAAAGACUGAAGAAGAAGCUUUUUCAAGUAAGAGGUGCUUAGAGUGGUUCUAUGAAUAUGCAGGUACUGAUGAUGUUGUAGGUCCCGAAGGCAUGGAGAAAUUUUGUGAAGACAUUGGUGUUGAACCAGAAAACGUAGUUAUGCUUGUCCUAGCUUGGAAAUUGGAUGCACAAAAUAUGGGUUAUUUUACUCUACAGGAAUGGUUAAAAGGAAUGACUUCUCUACAAUGUGAUACAACAGAAAAACUCAGAAAUACUUUGGAUUACUUAAGAUCAUUAUUAAAUGAUUCUACAAACUUUAAACUUAUUUACAGAUAUGCGUUUGACUUUGCACGGGAAAAGGACCAGCGCAGCCUAGACAUUAACACUGCCAAGUGCAUGUUGGGACUGUUAUUAGGAAAAAUCUGGCCCCUUUUUCCAGUUUUUCACCAAUUCUUAGAGCAAUCAAAAUAUAAAGUUAUUAACAAAGACCAGUGGUGCAAUGUGCUAGAGUUUAGCAGAACAAUUAACCUUGACCUCAGCAACUACGACGAAGAUGGCGCAUGGCCAGUUUUGUUGGACGAGUUUGUGGAGUGGUAUAAAGACAAGCAGAUGUCCUAGGACUUUAUGCAUAGCAGCGCGAGAGUCACUGUUACCACAGUUAUGUCAACCAUUAGCCAUAAAUUGCUGUUUGUAUCAAAGCGCAUGCUGCUUUUCUUGCACUGUCUCCCUUUUGCAGGGACGUUUUGGUGUUUGCUAUUGAAUGGGCCAGCUCUGCCUGCUGUGUAGCAUUAUUCUCUUGGAAGGCUGCUUUUGCAGUUUGUAUUUACACUACAGAUUGGUGAAUUUGCCAACGUCCUCACUGUGAUGAUGUGUAUAUUGCUGUUUAAAUUUUGUAUAUGUGUAUAAAAAGAAAAAGCUUCACCUAGA